AUAUAUUGUAAUACUAACGCAUAAUUGUUAGUAAUAGGAUCUUGAGUAAUUCCAAAACAUUUUACUAUACACAUAUAACCACUAACUUCGUUAAGAAAGUUGAUUGCAGGAUAAACAACCAUCCAAAUCCUCAUGUAUCUUUAGACAUUCUUUACAUUUUCCAAAAUCCAUACGUUUUUUUCAAUAAUAUCAAUUUCUUUAUCAUAACAAUCACAGCAAUAAGAACGAAGUUUACGCCAACAAUUAUGUACUCUAUUAUAUCUUAUAUUAUUUAUAAGAAUUUUCUUAUUAUCUACAUAAUUUUUCGUGUUUUCAAAUUGUUGUAUUAUUUGUUUAAAUAUUCCUAA